CGUUCUCAAAAAGAAAAAAAAAAAUGAGCUUCCUCAACACGGUGUUGUAUUUGGUUCUACCGGCUGUUGGACUGCUGUACAUCUACUUCCGUCGCAAGUACUCGUACUGGGCCGAUCGGAAUGUACCGUACGUGCCCGGCACGCUACCGUUGGGUUCCUUCAACGGUAUGGGGUCCAAGUACCACUUCACCGAGGUGACGGAUCAAUUUUACAACCAGCACAAGAAGACCCACAAAGCCGUGGGAGUAUAUCUGUCGGUGAAACCGAUUCUGUUCGUGAACGAUAUGGACUUGAUCAAAACGAUUUUGGUGAAAGAUUUCAACAGCUUCCGUGAUCGGGGCAUGUACUACAACGAGAAAGAUGAUCCAAUGUCGGCGCAUCUGUUUUCGAUUGAAGGCGAAAGGUGGCGCUUUCUUCGGAACAAGCUAAGCCCGACGUUCACUUCCGGCAAGAUCAAGUACAUGUUUCAGACGAUUUGCGAGAUUGGUGAUGAAUUUUUGACGUGCUUCGAUAAGUACGUGGACGGAAAGCAACCGGCAGAUUUAAAGGCUUUGGCGCAGAGAUUUACCAGUGACGUUAUUGCAUCGUGCGCAUUUGGAUUGAAAACAAAUGCGCUAAAGAAUGAAGGCUCGGAAUUGAUGCAGAGGGGUGAUAAGAUCUUCAAACCCGAUCGUUGGGAGACGAUUAGGAUGUUCACUGUGCUGAGCUACCGAGAUUUAUCCAGGAAGCUGGGAAUGCGACAGUUGCCGAAGGAUGCGACGGAUUACUUCAUGGAUAUCAUUCGGGGAACGGUGGAUCAUCGAGAGAAGAGCAACGUGAUACGACAGGACUUUUUGCAGCUAUUGCUGCAGUUGAAAAAUAAGGGAACAAUCGACGAUCACGAGGAAGACUCGAAGGAUAAAAUCACGAUGAACGAAUUGGCCGCACAAGCAUUUUUGUUCUUCUUCGCUGGCUUCGAGACAUCUUCGACAACUCUAUCAUUUGCUAUGUUCGAAUUAGCAAGCAAUCCCGAGGUGCAGGAAAAGACCCGCGAAGAAAUCACGCGUGUUCUGGCAAAUCACGGCGGCCAUAUUACGUACGAUGCGCUCAAAGAGAUGACCUACCUGGACCAGGUCGUCAAUGAAACCCUUCGUAAGUAUCCGCCCGUGGGCAACCUGAUUCGCAUUGCCAACGAACCUUACCGGAUCGCCUCGCCCGAGGUCACCGUCGAAAAGGGAACCAUGCUAAUGAUCCCAGUCCACCAGAUUCAGCAUGAUCCGGAAAUCUACCCGGAACCGGAUCGUUUCGAUCCGGAACGGUUCACCCCGGAAGCUGUCAACGCGCGCCAUUCGCACAGCUUUCUCCCAUUCGGCGAUGGACCGCGAAACUGCAUCGGAAUGCGAUUCGCCCUGGUGGAGGUCAAGUUCGGAAUCGCUCAGCUGCUCAGCCGGUUGGGUUUCGGCGUGAACGGACGUACCCAGGUGCCGCUCCGCUACGAUACCAAGUCCCAGCUGGCCGAGGUGGUCGGAGGCAUCUGGUUGGAUGUGCAGAAGAUUUAAAAAUCAUCAGCGAAAAGACAAAAGAACACGAUGACAUCACA